CGGUAUAUACGCAUUUCAGUUUUCUCGGUUCAGAUACUGUGUCCGGGGGAGAUAGGACUCGGAAAAUGGAGAGCAGUGUGCACAGGAGAUUGGAUUCUGUGUCUCGUCACCUUUUGCUGCCAUCUCAAGUUAGCAAUCCUGCUCUUUUUCCGGUUUCAGUAAAAGGUGGGCAAACAAGGCAAGAGGAAGCAGACCCAGUAGUUAUAGGAGGCAUGAUAUUGGACAUUCAUGCCACUCCAUCAAUCCACCCAAGUCCUAGAACAACUACUCCUGGCAAGGUCCAAUAUGCACUGGGAGGUGUAGCCAGGAAUAUUGCUGAGUGCAUGUCAAAGCUCGGAACCAAGUCUUACAUGAUUAGUGCAGUGGGCAACGAUAUGGCUGGGAACAUGCUGUUGGAGUACUGGAAUUCCGCCGGCCUAUCCACAGAAGGCAUCCGAAAACACAAAGAUAUCAGAACUCCUGUCAUAUGCAACAUUUUUGACACUCGUGGAGAAGUGAUGGCUGGGGUUGCAAAUGUGGAAGCGGUUGAAAAAUUCCUUUCUUCCGAGUGGAUUCUGAAAUCUAAGCACAAUAUUUCUCCCGCUUCUGUGCUGAUGGUUGACGCAAAUCUGAUACCUCCUGCUUUAGAAGCUGCUUGUCAAGUGGCAGCAGAAUAUAACAUCCCAGUUUGGUUUGAGCCUGUUUCAGUUGCAAAAUCCACAAGAAUCACCUCAGUUGUCAGCAACGUAACUUUUGCAUCACCCAAUGAAGAUGAGCUUAUUGCCAUGGCAAAUUCUUUGUGUGGUGGAAAUAGGUUUCAUCCAAUUGAGAAGGACAAUUGGAGAAAGUGUUCAAUUGAGUCUUUAUUCCAAAUAUUAAAGCCUGCCAUCUUGGUUUUGCUAGAGAAGGGUAUUAAGAUAGUCGUUGUGACUGUUGGUGCAGAUGGAGUGUUCUUGUGCUCUAAGGGGUCAAACUUCAUGAGAAGUAGAUUGGAAAGAACCAAAAAACAUGGAUUUAGUGGAAGGUUGUAUGAUACUAUAGCAUCAAACUGUUCAUCAAGUAAACUUUUGGGUGCUAUGCAGGCUCAGGGGAAUUCUUAUCUUUUUGCUGUGCAUUUUCCUGCCCUUCCUGCCUCUGUUGUGAGGCUUGCAGGCGCUGGUGACUGCUUGGUUGGUGGGACACUUGCUUCCCUUUGUGAAGGCUUAGAUAUUAUGCAGAGUGUGGCAGUUGGUAUUGCAGUUGCCAAAAGGGCUGUUGAGGCUGAGACCAAUGUGCCUUCAUCAUUUAGUUUGGCCUCUAUUGCAGAUGAUGCAAGGCUAGUACAUUCUGCCGCCAAAGUUUUGUUCCAUCAAUCAAUGCUGUGAAUCGAAUGAGAAAGGGUGACCCAAUGCAGGAAGCAUCCCAUACUUCUGGUAAAUCAAAUACAACCUUGAAAGUUUGAACUAGUUAUGUUGUUAUAAAACCCAGCAAUUGGAGCUUCUCAGAUGGCAUCAUGUUCUUCUUCACCUUAAAGAAGCAACAAGUGAGGUGCUCGAUUAGACAGACCAGUUUUCUUGGGAGGUUCAUGUCCGACUUUUUCUGGGUAAACCAACCUUUAGCCGAAGUUCAGAAGGCAGAAGAUGAUGAAAAAUUUUACUUUAUGGUGGCAUUGAUUCUCCAAUCUUGCAACUAAUUCAGAAAUAUACUCACUUAGGCACAAGUUGUAAUACUUUCUCCACCGAUAAUGAGUAUAUCUAGGUUUAUGUCAUAACGAGUGUUGGAAUUGGAAGAUUCUUAUCAUAUACUUGCAUUAAUUCUGGCAUCAGAUGCUUUGGUGUCAAUUGUUAUUAUUAUUGAUUUUGACCUUUUGGAUAAAAA